GAAGCUGGUGCCAAGGGCCCAUGAAGGGAUCCGUCGGUUGUCAGCAGCGUAGGGUACAUGUAGAAGUGAAUCAAGGCUAGAGCAGCGAAGGCACAAGCACGAUAACGUGAGGUCUGACUGCUCUUGUACUAUACGGUACGAGUACUGUACCCCACCGCACUGUGCAAGUACUGUACUGUACACACAGUACACACCGAGAGCAGCACCCGGGGAUACAAGGUGCGCAGCUCUGCGAUGGUUAAUAAGGGCAACAACGACAACAACGACAGCAACGACAACGACAACGACAACGACAGCAUCAGCACCAGCACCAGCACCAGCACCAGUACCAGCACCGGCACCGGCAGCAACGACAACAUCUACAAGUACAACUUCUGCACAAGAUUAGGAGAGCCUUUUUUCAUUACGGCUACGGUUCGCAUGGGCUAGGGAGGACAAAAUAGAUACGCCCGGGAUCGACGACGAGCUUCACGGUACCUUUGCCCAACUCUGACUUGGCUCGGGUCCUUUUCUGAGCCCUUCUCCCAUUCGUAUUUUUACACGCUCGCCCAGCGCCGGAGUAAACCCUUUUGACCGGGGGAGAGAGUAACCUCUUAUCCAGAGGGGAGACACUGUGGGUAUAUCCCUUCUUCCUCCCUUGUUCGCAGCAGACUGCCCACCGUACCCCGUUUACUCAUUGAAAUAAUUUCCUCAUUCCCUCCUCCCCGUUCCCCAUCCUGCCUUCCCUACACUACACCCUUCUUCACUCACGCCCGAGGGGGACCAACCGCCAGGAACAGUGGAACUCGCUUUUCCCUUUUUCUUUUUCCUUUUUUCUCCCUUCCCUUUCCUUUCUUUUUUUUCCUCUUUUCGUCCUCGUUCCCCACAGCGGUCUCUCUCUCCAACCAACACCACGCACCCAAGCAGCAGGCCUGCCCAACUCAGCCCGCCCUGCCGCCGCCUGCCCUCGCUGUGGUGCUUGCUGCUCCAUUCUCCUCUACCACCCCCUUAGCCGCCCACCCACCCAACCCAUCGACUCACCCCCCCCCCUCCUCCUCUCUCCCUCUCCUCUACCGUACCUCAACAUCCCUUCAUUAACACCGUGCAUCAUCUCCUUCGUCCCUCUCUGUUCUCUUCGUCCCAGAUUCCUCUCCUUCGUCCACUUCCUCUUCCUUACCCCCCCCCCCUCUUCCCAAAAAAAGCUUUCUGAAGUAAUUCUCCCCCUACUUCACCGGCUUUCUUUGUUUUUUUAUAUAUUUUUUAUUAUUAUUUGCGUCUACGCGUCCAAGGGACAGGUCUUUCUUUGCGCAGGACAACGGAGGCAGGACCCUCCCCUUCGUUCCUUCAGAAUCUUCACCACGCUCUCUAAAGCCGUGCUCCAUUGCUUCUGCUCUUCGCUUGUUUUUUUUUUUAUAUUUUUUUUUUUUUGCGGAAAAAAAAAAGUCCUUCAUUUUUUUAAGAGAUCCUGCCUGGGCUAGAUACUACGCGGCAGCCGCUCGAGACUGCUCCACCCUGAGCAUUUUUACCCCUCUUCAGCACUUCACCGUCCUGCAACCGCAACUGCAGUCCGGAAUUCGCAACGCACUCCGUCCAAAAUUUAUCAUAGUGCCGGCCGCUAAGGCGCGACCGCGAUAAUCAUGGCCCACCUAAUGUAUAACCAACACCACCUCGCGAAUCAGAAGCCUGAAACUUUCAUGCUCUCGACUGAAGCCCAACAAUCAUUACCUCAGGAUGCUCAAGUAGCUCUUCAGCAAGUUGAUAACUGUAAGCGCAUUCUUAUAAACCCUCUUUAGUGCUUUGGUGGUGGGUGGAAAAUAUUUGGAUGAGAGGGGAAAAGGGGGUCAUUGGCGGUGACUUGUGGGGUUUCGAGAGAGGGGAGGAAGGGGAGAGGGAGAAGAAUUGAAAUCGGGUGAUAGCGUCGAGGAGAACUACUUUGUGCUGACGGUUUUGUGCAGUGAAAUACUUUCUCAUUUCCGCUCCGGUCGACUGGGCGCCUGAUCAAUACAUAAGGCGAUUUUUAUUACCGACAGGCGAAUACGUAUCUUGUGUUUUAUGGUAUGAAUUCUCUUCUGAAUGGAUGGAUGGGGGUGAAGCGUGGGGAGAAAACAAACAUGGCAACGGAACACAGACAGCCUCGCCUCGCUUGAUUUCCGGCGUGAAAAAAUAAGGGGAAAAAAGAGGGUCUCACUAACUGUCCGACAGGAACAACCUUUUCCAUAUCUCGGGUACCGAUAUCGUAAGAUGCUUGUCAUUUCGCUUCCAGGCGUUUGGCCGGCCGGUGAAGAAUUCAAAAAAAUUUGAAGAGGGGAUUUUUUCCGAUCUUAGAAACUUAAAGUCUGGGACAGACGCGUCGCUGGAGGAGCCUAAGAGCCCUUUUCUCGACUUUCUUUACAAAAAUAACUGCAUUAGAACCCAGAAGAAGCAGAAGGUAUUCUACUGGUAUAGUGUUCCUCAUGAUCGCCUUUUCCUAGAUGCGCUGGAGCGUGAUCUCAAGAGGGAAAAGAUGGGACAGGAAGCUACAACGGUUGCUGUCAGCGAACCGGCUCUCUCAUUCGAAUUCGACUCGUCGCAGUCGCUCUUUGAGCAACUCACAAAGGCGCAGCAGGCGAACUCGUCCUCAUUUUCUGCUCACGCUACUUAUUCCUCAUCCACCUCCCCUGUGAUGCGCGCUAUGGAUUCAAUGCCGCCGCCACAGAUAAUACCCCACUCAAUGCCCGUUGUGCAUGAAGAUAUGGGUCAGAUGGGCUCGUACCCUCAGAUACCGAUGUCCCUUCCGGCUCCGGUGAAGAGGGAAGAUGAAUUCUCGGUAGGACCCUAUUAUCCGUCAGACAGGACAGGAAUGCCGCUGUCGAGGCCGAUGCAUCAGCGAACAGUGUCGAUGCCGAGCUAUUUGGAGUAUUCCCCGGCUCCGUCGUUCACUCCGUCGGAGGAUUAUAGUGCUCGGGGUAUCUCGUACGAGCCUGUUACUCCCCCCCAGCAGAUGGUACAGCUUUCUGAGCCUCAUUACCUUGCCCAUGAUGGCAGUGUGUAUAACACAAUGCCCGAUCAUACUGGGGCUAAUGCACUCCAUGGUAUGAUCCAGCUUCCUCUACCUUCCGGCAACGGUGCCCCUCCCUUCAACUCCACCCCGCGCGCCUACAGCAAUAAUGUAUACCCGGUCAUCGAGGGCUCGCCCACGUACAAGCAACGGCGGAGACGAUCCUCCAUCACCCCCGGCAUCAGCGCUUUGGCUCACGCCACGAACGCUGCUACAGGUCACACGCGGCGGACAAGCGAUCAUUUAAGACGUUCGGCAACGGCUUCCGUCGUUCCCAUGUCGGAUCAUGGUAGCGAUCCCGAUUCACCUCCCGUGAGCAUGGGUAUGCAAAUACCCUCCCGAGAAAUUGUUGAUCUAUCGCGGCACGGUACACCGCUUUCCUACGCAGAAGACCAUAGUCCGGCUCCCCAUUCUUCGAUGAUACAACAGCAGCAGCAGCAGCAUGAGGAUAACUCGUUACCCCCUACCUCAAAUUGUGACCAGUCAGAAUACAGUGCCGGAUCCGAUAUUAAGCGCCCUGGCGCAAUAAGACGUGCCAAGAGCGCUACCGCUAUGGAAGUCGGACCGUAUCCCCAAAAAUCCCACUCAUGUCCUAUUCCGUCUUGCGGGCGGUUAUUCAAGAGAUUAGAGCAUCUCAAAAGGUUGGUCCUUCCCCUUGCGUCCAAUCCAUUGGUUGCUUAACAAGUGCCCACUAACGCAACCCAGACAUGUACGCACCCAUACACAGGAGCGACCUUACAUCUGCAAUCACUGCAACAAGGCCUUUUCCCGAUCGGACAAUCUGGCCCAACAUCGCCGCACCCAUGACCGUGAUGGUACGUCGGGCAAUGCUGAGAACUAUUCUGGUAGUUACAGCGAAGAGGAUUUGGAAAACGAGGAGGACCAGCUCCACACCAUCGAGGACGUCUCGGAGACCUCGGAGCACAGCAACUACAUGCCCCAACAAAUGCCAAUGGCGGGGAUGCCCCCAUCCAUGCCUGCUCCAAGUACACUGAUGCACCCGGCCUUGAUGCAACAAAUAGGAUGAUUUUAUGAAUGUCUUUUAAUUGCUCUCUUCCACUUACCACGCAAUGACCUGCCAUUUUCCUUUUCUUCCUUUUUUUCUUUUAUAUUUUUUUUUAUAUUUUUCUUUUGUUUUGGGGGAGUAGCGAUACACCGUUGGAUGUCUUUUUUUCUUUUUUUUUCUUUUGCGGGCUUAAAAAAAUUAUUGGUAAGGGAUGGUUGGAAUGUUUGUGUGGAUAGGAUAGGCGUGGCCCUUUUUUUCAUGCUUCUGGACAAGACGCGCACUUGAUUCUUUUUCACCUCUUCGUUUCACUUUUUUCUUGACUAUUAUUUUUUAUAUUGAUUCGCGGUUUUUUUAUUUUAUUUUACUUCCCUCCCCUUCCCCCCCCCUUUUUUUGUUAUUUAUCGGUUGGUGCGGGUGAGGGGAAAACGGUGGGAAAUUAGGCUUUCUUUUUUUAUUUUUUAUUUACAUAUUUGUAUUGGAAGGGCGGAGGAAAAGAUAUAGUAGUCUCUGGAGGAGAUGGUAAAGAAAGUGGGAUAGGAGGGGAGGAGCGGAGGGAAAAGAUGUAUAUCUUGUUCUCAUUUUUUUUUUUUGCUCUAUAUACCAGGAAGAUAUCAUCGCACAAACAAACUUUCCUGUCGACAUCUUUUUUGCUUAAACUUUCUUCUCUCCUUCUUUCGGUUUUCCUUCCGUGUACGCUUUUUUUAUUUUAUUCUUCCACUCUGCUUAACUCGCUUUACCUCACCUCAACCUACCUCGCCACCCUUCCACCCUGUAUACCCAUUAUCGCAGUGUACUGUACGAGUAGAUGUCGCGGCCCAUCCACGCAUGCACGCAUCCAUCCAUGGAUGACCGUUCAUAGUUCAACCUUCUCCCCAGAGUGCUUUUUUUUUUCAAAAAAAAAAAUUCCUUGAUGUUCAUGUGUUAUCAUAACUUGGCCUACCUUUAUUUAACCUCCUUUUCCAUUUUUUCCAUUCUUUAUUUUUUAUUCUUUAUUCUUCCACCUCUCACGUGUCUCGUGAUAGUUUUUCGGUAUUAGUGGGGAAACAUAGUAUAACUUGUUACAAUAUCGGUGUCUAUCUAUCAGUACGAUGGUCCACCGGCGAGUUGAUUUGGUUACAUCACAUGGUUAUCGGUACGGCAUACUCGUAGAGAAGGGGGGAAGAAAAACGGGCCGUAUAAUACCUUUCUUUUGUUUUAAGAAUACUAUAUUAUUGUUAUUAUUGAGUACGGUAUAGUACUCCACGGUACUCGAGUAGGUAGGUGGAGUUGAAAUCUAGCGGUUGAUUUCUCCUCCUUUGUGCAUAUCGGUAGUUGCGGUAUUACAUUACACCAUUCUUUUCCCUAUCAUACCUAACCCACCACUCUCGUUGUUGGCAGCUGUCUCUGUCAUUAAUCUUCCCAUGAUACUUUCUAGCUAUCGUGAUACCUGUGUGACGGUGACGGUGACGGACGGACACGGACGAACGAACGAACCAACCGAUGGCAUCACGAUACUACACGACGUUUCCAUUUCACUGUAUCCUUGACCAACUGUCCUCUAGAUCCUCCGUUGGUUCCAUUUCUUUAUUCCAUUAUCACGACUGCACUGCUGUACUGUACUGUACGUUUUUUUUUAUAUCUUUUAGCUUCAUCUCUUUAUCAUGCAACUUGAGAUGUUCUCUUUCUUCUUUACGAGUACGGUAGAGUACCGGUACCGUGCUGUGUGGUACCGGCAGUUUGGUUUGGUUGCUGAGAAGGGAGAAAAAGGGGUGGGACCUUUUUUUUCUUUUUCUCCUUUCUUCCUCUUUCCUUCCUUCUCUCUCCCCUCUCUCUCCCCUCUGUUACUUAUCAUACUUACCGGUGUGGAAGAUACCGGUAUGAUAUAAUUUUUCCUUUCCCCCCCUUCCGUUCAGGGUCAUUGUUGCACUAGUGUAUGCGUUAUCACAGGGGAGAAAGAAAGAAGAAGCACGGACGAGAGCGGUCAGUUUCUCUUUUCUUUUCUUCUCACAGGUUAUAGGCACUCGAGUGUCUGUCUAUCUUGUAAAGGCUUUUCAUUCGAGGUCCAUGGCGAUUUUUUACCCUUUCUUUCUUCCCCAAUCCUGCUGCGCCCCCCUCGGUCGGUACGGUAUGAUACGGCAGGUUCCUUUAACUCGACCUUAUCAUAAGUUAAGCGGGGUAAGCUAAAGAGAAAAGGGAAGAAGAAAAAAGAAAGGGGGGGGAGGCUUGGGAAUCAGGGUCCUUCG